UGGCGCGCGGCUGCGCGCGCGCGCCCUGGCUCCACGGUUCCGGGACCGGACUAUGGCGGUAGCGGCCGCUCGGUGGCCCUGGGCCCUGCCGUGUCUGGUGGUGGCCGCGUUGCUCUUCCCCGGGGCGGACGUGAAGGUAAAAGAAUCCCUCAACUCCCACGUCAGAUGCUUCAGCUCCGUUACAUGCCACAUCGUGGGUGUGCUGGCGGCGUCUGCUCUGAGAGCUAGUAUCGUGGUGAUUUCGGGAAUAGGCGGGGAUCCAGUGUUCUUGAUCCAUAACUCAGGCAAGUCCUGGUACUGGUGAAGCGGUUAAUUUGUCUGAACAUCGUGGUCUAAGUUGACAAAGAAAUGCAAGCAUUACAGUGUUACUGCCACCUGUGUACAAAAGACAACUUUACAUGUGUGACAGAUGGACUAUGUUUUACCUCAGUAACACGAACUGCAGACAAAGUCAUACACAAUAGUAUGUGUAUAGCAGAAAUUGAUCUGAUUCCCCGAGACAGGCCGUUUGUUUGUGCCUCCUCUUCCAGAGAUGGAGUCAUUACUGUGCCUCAUUGCUGUGACAGAGACCACUGCAAUAAAAUCGAACUCCCAGUUCCAACGCCAGGCCCUACUCCAGGAAAACCAGCUUCUAAUCUAGGACCUGUGGAACUGGCUGCCGUCAUUGCUGGACCUGUCUGCUUUGUCUGCAUUUCACUGAUGUUGAUUCUAUAUCUUUGUCAUAAUCGUACUGUCAUUCAUCAUCGUGUGCCAAGUGAAGAAGAUCCCUCACUGGAUCGUCCCUUUAUAUCAGAAGGAACUACUUUAAAGGAUUUAAUUUAUGAUAUGACAACUUCAGGCUCUGGGUCAGGUUUACCUUUACUUGUGCAAAGAACGAUUGCAAGAACUAUAGUACUUCAAGAAAGCAUUGGUAAAGGUCGCUUUGGAGAAGUCUGGCGAGGGAAGUGGAGAGGAGAAGAAGUUGCUGUGAAGAUCUUCUCUUCAAGAGAGGAACGCUCAUGGUUUCGCGAAGCAGAAAUCUAUCAAACAGUUAUGCUACGGCAUGAAAACAUUCUUGGAUUUAUAGCUGCAGACAACAAAGACAAUGGUACAUGGACUCAGCUGUGGUUGGUGUCAGACUAUCAUGAGCAUGGAUCACUCUUUGAUUACCUGAAUAGGUAUACAGUAACAGUGGAAGGAAUGAUAAAAUUAGCUUUGUCCACUGCCAGUGGUCUUGCUCAUCUUCACAUGGAAAUUGUUGGCACACAAGGCAAGCCAGCAAUUGCCCACAGAGAUUUGAAAUCAAAAAAUAUAUUGGUAAAAAAGAAUGGAACAUGCUGCAUUGCAGACCUAGGAUUGGCAGUUAGGCACGAUUCAGCUACAGACACAAUUGAUAUUGCCCCAAACCACAGAGUGGGAACAAAAAGGUACAUGGCACCUGAAGUUCUAGAUGAUUCCAUAAAUAUGAAACAUUUUGAGUCUUUCAAACGAGCAGACAUCUAUGCAAUGGGAUUAGUGUUUUGGGAAAUAGCUCGACGAUGUUCUAUCGGUGGAAUCCACGAAGAUUACCAGUUGCCAUACUAUGACCUCGUUCCUUCAGAUCCUUCUGUUGAAGAAAUGAGGAAAGUUGUGUGUGAGCAGAAGUUAAGGCCCAAUAUUCCAAACAGGUGGCAGAGCUGUGAGGCAUUACGAGUAAUGGCAAAAAUUAUGCGGGAAUGCUGGUACGCCAACGGAGCUGCUAGGCUAACAGCUUUGCGCAUUAAGAAAACAUUAUCGCAGCUUAGUCAACAGGAGGGGAUAAAGAUGUAAUCCUGGAUUUGCUACCGAAGAAUAUUGUAAAAAUCCAUAUCUGCACCAGAGUGGCGUGUUAAGAAGGUUAAUUGUUCUACCUCAUUGGGGGAACAGAAGGAUAUUGCUGCCUUUUAGUACUUCAUAGGAACAUCACUUAUUAGGAUUUUUGCGAAUGUGCUAAACAGUUGUGUUGGGUCCUUUCUGUGCACUAUGAACCUCUUUCCCAGGUUACUUACAAAACAUUGCGUAGUCUAGUUUUAUUUUUAUUAACCUGUAAUUUUUUAUUUGCAAAGUUGAUAGCUGGUCUUAACUUCUAGUUAACUGUGCUACAAAUAGGUCACUUUCAAAAUGGAACUGGUUCACUAUAUUCUAGAGUGCAUUAAUGGCUCUUUAAGCAAUUUAUUCCUGGCUGGUACAUUGACUAUGCUGAACCACUGUCGCAGUUCUUUGAUUCAGAUUGUGAAUGUACUGUUGGAGUAUACUUUGCUAACUAUUAAGGUAGUAUAUCUUUUGGACUCUUACCUUGAUGUACAAAUUGACCUCAUUCAGUUGUGGGAACAUAAUUUAUGCAACUAUACUUUAUACAUGAUUACUGGGGGUUUUUUUCCACUUUUCAGAACCUUACAUUACCUUCAAUAUAGAUUGUAUUACACCAGUAAGUGCCGCUUUUGAGUCUUUUAAUGCAAAACAAUAGGAGCGUACAAAGCCUAUGGUACUUUUGCUUUCAAAAAUACAAGUUAAAAAUCAACUGUUCCUUUGCAUAGCUAAGAUCUAAUUCAGACUCGUUCCAGGAAGUGAGUACAUAAUUUGUGGAAUACCUUUAAUUUUACCAAAAUUUGACUCUUUAAACCACUUUAGGAGUUUUAAGUAGCGUAAGCUAGUUAAUUCACUGUUGUGUUUUGUAAUUGCUAAGUCAUGAGUCAUAAUUAUAUGUAAGAUUUAUCAAGUGGUACUUCUAAAAUGCUUGAAGUACCUAUCUACUUCAGAAAAGUAGCAAGAGGAGUAAGAAGUUCUUAAGGGAGAUUUUGCUCCAUUAAAUCAAAAGCAUAUUUUCUGUGCAGUUCUGCAGAGUCUUAAGGCUCAAGGAACAAUAUUUGCAAUUAAACAAGGAUUAAGUGCACCUGUAAUUAGGGGGAAAUUAUUUGGGCUUUUAUACUAGAAAGUUCGGAGCUGCUUAUAAAUUUUAUGUGCAUAUAUUUUUUGUGUGCCUCAUACAUAGAAAGUGGUGAGCUAUAGAAAGUGGUGAGCUGCAGGUGUUUGGAUACAAAUACUAGGGGAUUCCAGCAAUCCUCUUCGUAGUUACAAGAACAAAGCUUAUGGUGGCUUGUGUUGUCAUAAGAACACGAAGAACAUGCAUGGCUUUAGUCAAGAUUUACCUGAGAUUUUAAAGAUAUCACAAGGUUUUUGCAAACUUCUUUAGAAAUUGAAGUGCUUCCUGCCCAAAUGUACAACUUCUGGAGGGGACUGGGGGAAUUAAUACGGAAAAGUCUCUUUAAAAAAACUGCUGUUCCCAGGAUAUUUUUUUUAGUUGCAGUUUUAGGAAGAGUUGUUGACCUUUAGUUUCAUUGAUGCCCAAACCAUUCAUUAGUAUUUCCUAGGUAAAUGUGCCUGGUAAUUAAUAUGCCACCUAAGCUUCUACUCUCCAGAACACCUUGGUAUCCAUCCUAUUAUGAAAGACACACGGCAGCCUUAACUCUGUUUCCUUUUCAUUCUUCAGCAUACAGUCCACUGAGAGUUUUUCAUAACGCUAGUAGCAGCGGCAGGGUGGUUGCUAACAAGCAUAGUCGAGAUUGUGGUCUGUGAUAUAUGGUGGCUAAAGCAGUAAAAUGGAUGGGUCCUGGUAAGAAGAGGCUAUAUAGGUGACAUAAGACUUAGCCAAGAUAAACCUUAGUACUUUGCAAACUAGUGCGUAUUUCCAAAUUUUUAGUGCUUGCUUGGAGAGAGGUUUAAGUGAUGAGGGAAUUACAGAUCUUCAGAGGCUGAAUUGAAGUAAUGAAAUGCUUUAUUCAGCCACCUUUAUGGAUGAGUUUACUUAUCCUGGAGGAUGGCAUCCAGAAGAAGAGAUAAAAAUAAGAGAAGUUCUUAGAAAAUAAUUUGGUUUAAACGUAUGUACAGCUGUCACGCUUAUGUUUGUUUGGCAUUGUCUGACCAGUCAGGCCUAUGUGCGUCAGUCCUCUACCAAUCAAAGCUGGAUCAAAAAUUACUUCAUGUAGGCAUUUUAAGUAAACUAUGCCUCUGUGUGAAUGGAGAGGUGUGCACCACAGAAUUCUUCAAUUAUGACUGUUCUAAAAAAAGCUGAAUGUAACUCCCAAAUCUGUCUACUUGGCAUGCAUCUCUAACAAGUUCUAUGUAUCUAGACAAAUAUUUAAAGAAAACAGGUCAGCGUUAAAGUAGAACUUACUAUAUCUCCAUACUAAUUUCAGUAGAAUCAUUAGGCUACUGGCACACUUCGGAUCUUUAUAGUAAUCUUGGUGGUAACAUGAGGGAGCUUCCAAUAUAAUUUGUCAAAUAAUUUAAUUAGUGGCUUUUUUAACACCUACAAAACCUUAUCACCUAACGUUUAGUUUCCUAAAACACAAGGAGCAGUUCUGUUGCGUUUAAGAGAAUCUACAGCAGCUGCAUGGCACGCAGAUUAUUCCGUCGACUUGUACGGUGGUUUGGUACAUCUGUCUCAUCUUAACCACCUGCUAGUCCUCGUUCUCCUGAAUUGGGAGCAAGUGUUCUUACAUUGUCCCAGUUUUUCACUUCAUAAUAGAAGCUUGCAAAAACAAAGCACAGACAGGAUGCUUGAUACAGCGUGUGAUGUUAGGGAAUGUUAUUUUGUGUCAACCUUGUUCAUCUUGGAAUGCAGAACAGGAAAAUUCUGAAUAGAGCUAUAUGUAUCCUCAGUUCUGACGCCACAACUUCAAGCUUUGUUCUUCUUUUCCAUUAUAUAAACUGAACACCUUUUACAAAGGCUGUGUCUGUAUAUAUUAUGUAACUUUAAGUGUUACCUGUGUAAGAUCAUAUCUUAUAUAUAUGGACACAGGUACACAUAAGUAUUUUUUAAAUUAAGAUUGUAAUAUCACCAGAUCUGCUCUUGGAAAUCCAGGGGGACCAAAAUAUUUUAGCAUUCAAAAUAUUAAUUUUGUAUCAUUUCAAGUAUAUACCAAACAGUUUCUGAUGAAUACCGAUGCAAAUGUUUAUUGUAAAUAUUACAUAACAUUAUACAUUCACUUAAGUUUUGUGGAUUUAAUCCAUUUGACAUUUUAGUAGCAUCGAAGCCUCGGUUUGGUUUACAGACUUGUGACCAGGUGGAUAUGGACAUGGAGAGUAAGGAGCAUUGGAAAUGGUCUUAUAAAUUUGGAAUGCUGGAAUUCUUCAGGGACCUUCCAACCUUAGAAGCUGGAAUUCUGGGAUAUUUCUCAAGCUGACUUUCCAAGUAUGACACACUGUCACCCUCCAAUGGUUCCACUUGUAAUCCUAAGAAAGACUUUGUAUAUAGGGUAAAGACGUUGGGAUUGACUGUAUGGGGACAUGAAGAUGUCAAAUGAAAUAAGAGGCUAUUUUAUUUUUUUCAGUAAAGAUUCUGAGUGUGAUUGCCAUGAAAUUCACCUUUUAGUUACUUCCUUGUUUAUACUGUGCCAUUGAAAUGAUUGCAAGGUGUUGAUCAUUUUGUGGUGGUUUUUUUUUAAAAACAAAACAAAACAAACUUCACCAUAUCAGUUGCUUUAAACUCAAAUUACCUCUUAAAAGACCAAGGUACAUUUACCUCAUGUGUAUAUAGUGUUUAAUAUCUUUCAGAACAUUAUCCAAGUUUGCAGUUACAUGUUUCUAGAAAUAUGGGUAUUACUAAAUUUACAACUUCAGCGGUACUAAGUGUAUUAUCUGGUGCCCCAAAACACUUUAAUUUUUCUGUAUUUUAUUGUAUUAGCAAGUUUGCUGCUUUGUCACUGUAGCACCUGCCAUUAAGUAGCUGUGUGGAUACUGACUUGUAAAUUUUACUUUUUGGAUGAUUUGAGGAUCCUGUACAGAUGAGCGUCACUUUUUUAAACCUUACAAAAUUGUGCAUUUCCCUUACAUUUCUGAAAAUAUGUAUUGUAUUUGUAGAGUAUACAUUUCAAUGGAUUGUAAAUAGGACAGUAGAAGAGUGGAUGCUUAUGUUAAGUGCUAACACUACAGUAGAAAGAUUAAAGCAGUGAAAAUAAAUAACUUUUUUCAAAAUACGUGAGUUGUCUUCCAGUGUAAGAAGUUGCAGGUAGGUGUGGGUUUGGGAAUGAUGUUAUUACCUGGCAAAAUGUGGGUUUACUGUGAAUUAUUUUCCUCAGAAUGAAUUUAUGAUGGUAUAA